UAGCCUUUCCUCCUCAUCCUAGCCGGCGAACCGAAUAGUCCCGAAAUCCCUCAUUCUCUGUGACUGUAGGAAAGUGAACUGUUCAAAGUUAAUUUUCGUCUGCAUCUAUUGUGGAGCAGCAUCUAAGUGGAAAGUCUUCUUGCAAAUCGUCUGAUUUAAUAAUUUUUAUUGCGAUAUUCAUUUGUUAAAUAAAGUGCUGAAAAAACCCGUCGGUUAGUGGACUAUAAGCGGUGUUUUUUUGUAAAAUGGAAGGCGGUAGUGCGCCUUUUUCCAGUGAUAUGGCUCCUACUAGUUCUUAUAUUCUUGUAAUAGUGAGUCAACCUGUGUCAGAAGCCGACAAGGACAAUAUAUUGGACCGACUAAAUAGAGGUCUUUUGUCUUGGGAUGUCGAAUUGACUGGUUGCGAUUUAAAUGGAUUGGAAUCUGUGUGCGCUGGUAUUAGUCCUAAGCAUCUUGAGGAUACAGAUGUCUUAAUUCAGCAUUCAACUGAAAGUUUAGGAGUUGAAGUUCUCGUCAACCCAACUGUAAGCACAUUAAAACAAUGCGUGAGGAAUUUCCUGUCCACAUCAACUGGCCACAAACACCUCAUCCAUGCUGGCUACACAUUUGCUGGCUCUGGAUCUUGGAUUUUACAGAAUGGCACUUUUGCCUUCGAUGAUUUUCUCGAAAUAUUCCAACAAGCUGAUGUGCAGAGCCAGAAGCGCUGCAAUAUCAACAUUCACUGUUUAGAAGUAGGUAGAUGGAAUAGCACAAGCUUUUCCAAAGACAUAUUCACAAGUGUUGCCAACGUUGCCUUCAAUCCACCAGAAAAAGUGCAACAGGUACCCGGUUCGGAGCACCUAAUUAACUGCCUUAGAAAAGUGCUGACUUCCCAAGAUUUAGAAGAGAUGAUGGAAUCUUCCUCAUUGGUUGGGAACAUCCGAUUCAACCGCCCAACAUUAUACAUGUUCCCCGCUGGUCAGGGAGAUUGUGCAUUAUUCGGCAUAAACGGUUUCAACAUGCUCAUCGAUGGUGGCUUCAACAGGAAGCCGUGCUCGUGGGAAUUCAUCCGACAUUUAGACAGACUCGACGCCGUGCUCGUCACCAGACUUUGUGAAAAUAAUGUAUGUGGAAUGUCGACUUUAAUGAAGCGCAAAUCUCUGAACAACACUUAUCCCCAAAUAGGUUAUGUGUUCUGCAAUAUUCCUGAAAACAAAACACCAUCUCCCAAAGAGGAAACUCCCCAAGAUAACCUCAUCGUAAGUGUUGUAAACGAGGGUAACAACUUCAUUCGGACUCUAAAUGAACUGAAACUCGAACCACAUCAGUGUUGGAGAGAUUCCGCUGCUGAUCCAUUUGUGCUUUACCAUAAAGUUGGUCAUGGUACGUUAGAAAUGCACGUGCUCAGCCCACCUAAAGACAGUAAGGAAAUGAAGGAAUUCAUAUCUGAAUGGAGAUCUUUUAAAGAAACCUUUUCAUCAACUAAAUCGGGAUUGAAAUCAGCUGUUCCAUUGUCGCACGCUACCUCCAUUUGCGCUGUUUUAAUAUGGAGACCCACUGACCCUAAAGAUACCAUCACAAGAAUACUAUUUCCCGGAAGUGCCCCUCAAAGCAAAAUAUUCGAAAGUUUAGAGAAGUUGAAAACUCUCGACGUUUUGAGCCAUCCUGUAGUUACCAAAGCUUCGCUAUCAGUAACCAAGACUGUAAGCAAUAAGGUUGAAAAAUCGAUAAGUAAAACGACAAUACCAAAUCGUAAAAGUACGGCUUCACCUGCUUUAUCUGUCAAUAGCGUUGCCUCAAGAAAUGGUGAUGUACAUAAAACUGAUUCUAAAGAUAUUAAGAAAAUCGCUAAUAAUGUUGUUAAAAAAGAAGUAAAGAAAGAAAUCAAAAAGGAAGUUAUUUCUAAAGAGAAAAGGGAAAUCAAAAGCGAUGGUGUUAAAAAAGAAAUCAAGAAAGAAGCAGAAGUUAAAAAAGAAGUCAAGAAAAUUGUUAAAAAGGAAGUUAAAGAUUUGAAAUCAGCAACGGAAAAGAAAUCUGAAACCAAAACUGUGACUAAGAAAGAAACUGUAGCUGCUUCAAAACCAGUGGCAGAGGUGAAGAAGAUGACUGCGACAACUGUUAAGAAGAGUCCAGUGGCUAAAAAGGAUGUUAAACCAGCGGUAACUAAAACUGCUGAAACUAAAAAACCUUCCGCGUCUAAAACAGCUGAUUCAAAGGCAGCUAAAGACGUAGUUUCUAAGAAGGUGUCUGAAACAAAGUCCGUGGCAAAGACAAAACCUAAACCUGCAACACCGACGUCAAAAACAACGCCCAAAACUAAACCAGUCGCUGUUCCUAAACCAGGUGGUAAAAUGACGAAAGCUGUCGCAGCCUCUUCUGUCAUUGCUUCUGCUGUUGCUGUCACUGCUGCAGCAUUUGAGCUUAAUGAGAAAAAAGAGGAGAUAGUCAUUGAUGAAACUGAACCUGUGGCAUCUGAAGUAAAAGAGCCUGAAAUUGCUACCCAACCCAAAGAGUUUGAAACAGUUGAAAAACCGGAAGAGGACGUUGUGGUAUCUCCUUUGCCACCUGAGGCUGUUUCGCCAACACCAUCCGAAUCAGUGUCAUUAACACCAUCUGAUACUCUUUCAUCUGCACCUUUAGAAACCGUAUCCCCUACUCCACCUCUAGCUAAUGAGCCAAUUUCUACGGAAGAAAAAGAGGUAAAUGAAAUUAAAGAUAUAGAGCAAGAUAUGCCGUACGAAACUGAAAUAACUGAUGAAAUAGCUGAAGAUGAACCAGUGAGAGAGGAAACGAGUGACUUCGAACUCGAGAAAGAACCUGAUGAAGUUCUUGACGUUGCUGAUCAACUUACUCAGUUGCAACAGAAGAGUGACGCUAUGUCUACUUCAUUUGUGGCAGCAAGCAAUGAUGAAAUUCCUGAAAUCGAGAAAAUGGAAACAGUCACAACGCAGUCUGCACCAUUUGAGACUCAAGAGUUAAAAUCAGAGGAACCCCCUACUGAUGCUUUUGGCAUCGAGGAAAAACCUUUACAAAAAGAGGAGGGUUAUAUAAUUGAGGCACAUGAAUCCUCUGUUGAUGAUCAGCUGGCUCAAAUGUCAAUGGAUGGAAGUUUUUGUACACAAGUAAAAGAAUCCUCUGUUGAUGAUCAGUUGGCUCAAAUGUCAAUGGAAGGCAGUUAUUGUGCAGAUGCUAAAGAAGCUUCUGUUGACGAUCAACUAGCUCAAAUGUCAAUGGAGGGAAGUUACUGCGCUGAAGUAAAAGAAGUCUCUGACGAUAAACUAGCUCAGAUGUCAAUGGAAGGCAGUUACUGUGCCGGAGAUUAUACUGCUGACGAUGAGAAACUUGAACAAACCCAUGAAUCUGGAAAGAUUGAAAGAGAUUCUGAAGAGAAAUUUGAAUCCGACAAAGACACAAUGCAUUCUAUUCAAGGCGACGAAGACAUGAAAUAUGGACAAAGCUAUGAACAGGAAGAUAGCAAGUUUGAAAACACAGAAGUGCAUGUUACAGAAAAUGCCUCUGAAGCAAUGAGUAAAUCAGAUUUAUGUCUAGAAAAUAAAACAAUAGUAUCUGGAUAUUCAAGCACUUUAGCCAAAGAUGAUUUGCAGGAAGAUCAGCAUUACAUUGACGAUCAUGAAACCAAACAUUUAAUUGAGGAACAGGAAAAAGAUAUUGAACCAGCUAGUGGUUUGGAAUAUGGUAGUAGUGUCCCACAUAAAGAUGUUGAUGAACAUUCCUUGGAUGAACAGUACGAUCAACAACCCGAACUCGAAGCGCUAAAGGAAUCAAUCAGCCGAUCUGCGAAUGAAGAUUACGAGCUAUCACGCGACAUUAUUAACGAUGCUGAAAUGCAAGAAACGUCCGUUGACGAACCCGAAGAAAUUCACCGAAAAGAAUCCGCUGUAUCCAUUACGCUAAACGAUGAAGAAUUAGACGAUAACUACGCAAACGAAUUGAGAAGAAAAAGUGGCACCGAAUCUGAAGAUGAUGUUGAUCUUCAGCAAUACAUGAUGAACAAAGAAAAAGAUAAUUUUGAGCAGGACAAGCUAAAUCCACGACAUGAACAAACUUCUGACAAUGAAGAUGUGGUCAAGAGCCCAACUCCUCAUGCCGUAAUCGAUUACGAAGAAAGCAUGGAAAAUUUAAUAACUGGUCAAAAAGAAAAAGAAACCCAUGACAAAAUUGUGGAAAAAGAACUCUAUCCAUCCGAAAAAGAUGAUUUUGAUGAAAAAGAUCACGAUUCCACUGAAGACCAGGAUAUCGAUGAUGGAGAAAUGAUCCGCCAUCCUACGCCACCUGAAAUGAAAUACUCAGAAGAUGACAUGCGUGAUCCGAUUGGUCCACACUUUAUUACUACUCCUGGUAUGAAAGCAGGAACUGACAUUACUGAGCAACCUCUUUAUGAAGAAGCAGAAGAUGAAGGAUCAGACAGGUCUGCAAGUCCUGUGGUUGAACAACCUGUCUUUGGAAAUGUGGGCGGAGCCGAUUUUCCAGAAUUAGUUACCGUGUCUGGAGGCACAACUCCGUCAGAGCCACAGUCUCCCAAAGCUGGCUUGGAUGGAAAGAAAUUCGGCUCGGAUGCUGGACUCAUGGAGGCUCUGAGCGAGCACGAUUUGUCUGAAAGCUCAACACAUAGCCCUCAUUUCCAAGAUAACACAGCAUUCGAUUUACCUGUGGCAACAGAUAAAUAUGAAGACUCACAUAUGGUUGAUGACAACACGCAUAUGGUUGAUGACAACACGCAUGUGGUUGAUGACAACACGCAUGAAGAGCGUAAUGUUGUUGACCAAGAUGAAAUGAAAAAAGUUGAAGCGCCAACUUUAGAAAAACAACUUAGUCCCCUUACUGCUAGGAAAAUUUGUGAUGCUCCAUCUGAUGACGAAUCUUACAGCCAAAAUGAAAAGUCUGAAACUCGUAGUGAAAAAUCGGAUGAUGACGAUGAAAAAUCGAGUCAGCGUCAUGAUGAUAAAUCGGAUAUGCAUGAUGACAGAUCUGAUAACCAAUAUGAUGGAAAAUCAGAUGUGCAUGAUGACAGGUCUGAUAACCAAUAUGAUAACAGAUCUGAUGUGCACGACGAUAGAUCAGAUAAUCAGUACGAUGCAAAAUCUGACGUAAUGGAUGACGAAAGAAAAUCUGAUAUUCAUGAAGAUGAUAGAUAUGACUAUCAUCAUGAUGACUAUUAUGAUGAAAACAAAUCGGGAAGUCAUCAUGAAAUGCUAGUAUCUGAUAAACACGAUAGUUAUUCAUAUGAAGCCUCACACGGAAGUGAAAUUCAAAAAUCAGCUAUUUCGUAUGAAGAAUCUGAAUUCCAUAGUGGAUAUCAAAAUACUGAAGCUGAAAACAAAUCACACAUUGUACCCGACCAAUUUGCUUCUGGUGGUAUUCAAGAUGAAGUUCUGCGCUCUCAAACAACUGAUGAGUUGAGCUUCCAUGAUCACGGCAACUUUGAUGUUGUUGGAGAAAAAGAUUUAGUCUACCAAAAGCAAGAAGAAUCUUUUGGUGCACAAGAAGACAAUAAAUGCAAUAUUCCAUUGGAUUUUCAGGAUGAAAUUCAACCUCCUAUUCGUGAUCUAAAUACUUAUUCUCAAGAACUUCACGCCGAUGAAAGCUCAAAUGCAUACGAAUCAUCUGAACAUUAUGAAACUAAACAUGCGUUAUACGAACAAAGGGAAACUGAAUCAUCUGUACCACUCAGUAGUUACGGAUAUGCAGAAACCUCAAAUAAUGCUGAUAUCAAAGAUUUUACAUCUGCCUCUCAAGACUAUGGUAUUGAUAAACAUGAGAUAUCAUCAAAUGUCGUAGAUGACUAUGAAUACAAUGAAGGAAACUUGGAAAGGAUGGUGGACGAGCACCAGUUUGGUUUACUCAAAGAAAGUGAAAUUCCCCAGCCCUUAACAGAUACGCCUUCUUCAGGAAUAAGUUAUCAAGAAACUGCUGAAGUUCAUCACUAUGAAACUUCAAAUAUUCAAGAAGAUGCUUACGAUUUCCACUCAAAACAACUGACGCAAACUUCAGCUGUCUCAGAAGAGUUCGAAACCCAUUCCCAGGUGCCUGAAACAUCUCACUUUGAUGACACAAAUUAUAACUAUAUGUCACAAGAACCUUCCUUUACAAUGUCUCAAAAUUAUGAAACAGUAUCUAAAGUGGAGAGUACUUAUGAAAGCAAUGUUGAUCAAGAAUUUUCAGAAAAUUCUAAUCUACCACAUAGUAUGACACGAACUGAUUACGAAAAAGAGAUAACUGAAUCAGAUGAAGUGAAACUCCGUGCUUUUUCAGACUUAGGAGAACAUCAUACAUUGAACUCGGAGUUUGACGGUGGUAAAGUUGACUAUGAAAAUAUGCAACAAGAACUGCAUGAGUCUAAAAAUGACUUCACCUCAGAAGUUGCUUAUGGCAGUAAUGAAAUUACUAGUUCACAAUUUUCUAGUACAGGCAUAGGAUCUUCAGUCAACGGGAAUGGAAAAGAACAAACUUCCUACAGUCAUUCCGAGCAAUAUACUUCCCAAACUGCAUCGCAUUUGCAAGAUACUGCAUAUUCGCAGCAAGAAUCUAAUUACAUUAUCAGUUCGAGAUUCCAUUCAGAUUCUCCUGAAGAUAACGUCAUGAGGAGCGACUCCUCCCCAGACGUUCCUUAUCCACCUAGCUCAAUAGGCGCCAAAACCUCCAUGGUUGUCGAUUCUCAAGAAUUCAUGCAAACUAAAGAAGGCUACAACAACAUGAAUUUUCCUCAGUCAGGUGAUAUACCCGUUUCCCCAAAUAACAAAUCACAUAAUGCCAAUCGUGAUGAUCCUUACGAUGAAUCAUCGGAAGAGGAUGACAGCUCAUCCGUUCCUGGCACAGUAUCACCUUAUGCUUAUACCAAUAAGGCUUACGCCAAAGAGGAAGAAGAUAUUGAUGGAAAUCAUAUUUACAAAGAAUCGGCAUUUGAAAAGAGAUCUGAAAUAUUAAAACAAAUGGAAUUGGAUCCAAAUAAUCCACAGACCCUUACAACUCAACAGGUUGGUUAUUCUCAAGAUUACGAAGAAAGAGAAUACACUGGAAGCACUAAUUAUGAUUUUAAAUUAGAAGAGUGGGAAAAACCAAUGGGUCUUCCCACUCCUCCAGAUGCAACUAAAGCUGUGACGAAAAAACCUCCCACUAAACCUUUGGGAAAAAGUGCUGAUAGCAACGGCAAAGCUUACUUUCCAACAGCGGCGUCUAAAAUGUCUUCCCCACUGAAAAAGCCCAAACCAAAAUCCACCAAAGAAUCCGGCGGCAAUCCAGUUUACGUCGAUCUAGCCUAUGUUCCACAUCAUGGUGAUCCUCACUACUGUGACGUGGAAUUCUUCAAGAAAAUACGUGCUCGCUACUACGUCUUCAGCGGCAUCAAUCCUAGUAAAGAAGUUCUUAACGCUCUUCUGGAAGCAAAGAAAACCUGGAAAGAAGACAUGGAGGUGACCAUCAUACCUACUUACGAGACAGAUACCCUGGGUUAUUGGAUGGCCCAGAACCAGGACGAUCUUGCUACUUAUUCUAUUGAAGUUGCCCCUUCAGCCAGCAGGUGUACAGUGAAUCUACAAGAUCACGAAACAAGUUGCGCAGCUUAUCGUCUGGAAUUCUGAAAGACUUAGAAACUCGAAUUUGAAAAAAGUUUUAAAAAAUAUCGCUUCUGUUUUUUGAAUGGGUGCUUCUUCGUUAGACUCCAAUUUCAGGAAUGAAUGUUUUUAAUCAAUUGGGGAGGAGAUUGAAAAAAAAAAAGAUAGCAAACCUAAUCUUAUAGGUCGACUCAUCAACAUCCAAAAGGAAUUCCACUUUAUUUAAUAUGUUCUAAUUGGACUUUUUUUUUCCUCAAAAAAUGAAUUUGCUUGUAUCAUUUCGGUUUUCUUCAAAGUGGAGUAACGUCGGUUUUUAAUUGAAUUUUAUGUAGCAGUCCUUGCAUGUUGUAGCAUGCUUACGUGCAGCAAUGCACAUCCUAAAUGCAUUGCUGUAUACUUCCAGGCUACUCCACUUUGAAAAAUUCCAAACAGUGCCUAAUUAAAACAAAGUGAGAAAACACUAUGUAAAAGAAUUUAGGAAAAAUUAUCAAAUGUUAUUUUAAAAAAAAACUUAAUCUUUUUUUAUAAAAAAGACUUGCAUUAUUUUAGGCAGCGUUGAAGUUUAUUUAGUACUAAAAUAUUUUAUCCAUAAGCUGUUUGACAUAUAUACACUGAUAAAAUAAUUAAAUAUGUGUUGAAUUCUUAUUAGAAAUCUUUUUUAUACGAACAUAGAAGUUUUGUGAUUGUAAAUAAUUAAUAAAUUUUAGUGUUCAGCUCGAGUUGAUGGAUGCAAUUUAUGUGUGAUUAUAUGUUUGAAAUUUUCAAAUCUCUUUUUUUUUCCUUUCAAAAAUUCUUAUAAUUAGUAUUUAUUUAUAAAUUAGUAUGAAAUUUUUAUGAGGAAUGUAUAUAUGAAAAUUUAUUUUUAAAAAUAUCUAAAGUGGUAAUUUAUGGCUAAAAUGGCAUUUAUUAAAUUCAUAAGUAUUUAUCAUUAUCAUAAGCAAACAGCCUAUGUUUUACCACGAGAUGAUUUUACACAAAUUUUUUCACUGUGGUGUUUUGCAAAUAUAAAAUUUUUAUGCUUUUUAUUUUAAUAAUUUUAUUAUUGCAUACUUUUUAUAAUUAAAUAAUUUUAUACUUCCAAUAUUGUAUUUUUUUUAAAGCUACAGAUAAAACAUCUCAUUUAUGUUUAAUAACAGAAACAUUGGGACAAAUGUGAAAUAACUUAUACCACUAGAAACUUAUAAUUUUUAUACGUAUUAUGUAACUGUAUAUGUAUACCUAGUCACAUUUAUUAUAUUUUUAAAAAGAUUUUUUUUAAUUGGAUUACACAUGGUUUUGUUUCCUUUUUAAGUUUCCAAAGCAUUGAAAAGUUUUUAUAUUUAAAGAAUUUUAUUAUAUGCAUAUUUGUGGUACAUGUCUCUUGACCUUUUUAUUAUAAGAAGCAUUAGUUUCUAAAAAUAGUCAAAUUUAAUAUCAAUUAGUUGAAUAACUUUAUAAAGGAUUACAGUAAAUUUUUAUCACUGAAGUAGUUUAGAAUACUGUUGUAAUACUGUUGUAAUUAAACUCUUCGAUCUAAAUAGUAUUUUCAAAACUCAAUAAUUUCUUCAUCCUACCAAUGUUCACGAAUUAUAGUUAUACGAGUUUCAUAGCAAAAAAAAAUUCUCUUUUACUUACAGAUAUAUAUAAAAUUGAAGUAUUUUCAGAUUUUGCAUUUAUUUUAGACUUUGUGGCACAAAUGCAAGCAUUAAUAUUAGUUGGCUUGUAUCAAUUUAAUAUGCAUAUUAAUGAUUAAAUAAAAAUCCCCAGCAAUUGCAAAAACAACUUCUAAGAAAUUAGAGCUUGUUAUUAAAUAUUUUUUAUCACCAACAUAAGAAUCCAACGACCGCAGUGGCUUAAAUAAAUUCAAUACCUUACCCGUCACUCCUUUAAGGUAUCUUAAUUUAAGGUUGCCGUUAAGUUUAAAUUUAAGUACUAGCCAAUGGCAGCUCUCCGUUUCAUGUGAGAUUGUCUUUUCAGCCAAUGAGAACGUUUACUUUCGGGUAAAUACUAAUUGGUGUUAGAUUCCAACUUGAAGCUCUUGAGCGAUGAGGAAACUAGCGUUAACCAAUCCCAUCUCUCCAUUUGACGCUUCGCUGCAAUGUGAUUGGCUGGAUAGAAGUAAUAGCAUUAAGAGCUUAGAAUUGAACUUUCGCUUAUUUUAUUUUCGAAAUUUCACAGAAUCAUUUUAUUUGAGAAAUUGAUUCACAUUUUUAUAUAACUUUCUUCAUUAUUUUAUGUUUUGAUGCUAAAUCUGGUUUCGUAAUUAUUUCCUUUUAUUUAUUCGUCUUUUUCAAUAUAUAAUAAACACUUUCAAACGACCCACUUUAUUUUACACCACUUUUCUGUGAUAACUAAUAACCUAAAUAUUUAGGGAUUUAAUUUUAAGGUGAUAAACAUUAACUGUUCAAGAAUAUGUCCACAAUUAAACAGAAAAUGCCAAUUUUUUUAAUACCAAAAUAGCUUUGUGGGCAAUUUAUAAACCAAGCGCCGUAUGUUCAUGAUAUUUAUAUUGAUUUAUCAACAACAAAAAAAAUAUUUUGAAUUUUUUGUUGCAUUUUAAAUGUACGAUUGCAAUUAGUUCAGGUCGUGUUAACUAUUUAGUUAAUCGCUUCAAGGCCCUUUUGUUAAGUGAAGCGCCGUAUGAUGUAUAUUUAGUGUUUUUCACUAAAUCGUUUUAAAAUGUUUAGAUUUCUAUACAUGCAUGUGUUUUUACGAUUUACGCCUUUUUAGAACUUAAUACAGCUUCAGCGGUAUCCCCCUCUUCUCAUAUAUCAUAUGCGCUAAUAUAAAACAACCCUUAGUUAUAUUGAAAAUCAUCCAUAACGGCACUAUGCCUUACUACUAGAGUGUAUCACGAUUUUUUUCUUCAGAAUUUUAAGUCUUUAAAAAGUUGUUACACUAGUUUACCAAAACUUUUUUUUGUCAACUAGAAAAUUAUUCAGUUCCCCCGGAACCGCCUAAUUUUUUUUUCUUUGACUAAAAAAUAAAAAUGUAAAUUUUUGGAAAGGCAUACAUUUAAAAUAAGUUUAGCUUUUAAAUUAAAAAAUAUAUAAUUUUGAAUCUAGCGUAACUGUAAACUAUGUAUGUUAAUGGCAAAUUGAGAAAUUCAGUUGUUUGAUGAAAACUGCAAUGUGCCUAAGAGAUUCACUGCAAUAAGGCUAACAAAUGACGUCAACGGUUUGUAAAAAGUCGAAUUUUCUAAUUUGCCUACAACAUGAUAUAUCAACUGUAACAUUUAAGUCUCCCGGAAUGUACAGGAAAUACAAAUUCUAAUUUAAAGAUUGUGUUGAAAGUUAAGGUUUUGAAGUUUAAUUAGGGAGAUCUAAAUUUACCUUCCGAAUAUAAUUGUUUUACUCUUACUUAUAAAUUUCAAAUUUACAUCAUAAAUUUCAACAUUUUUGAGUUUACUAAAAUUUGAUUUUAUAUUUUAUGCCUCUAAAAAAGUUUAAUUUGACGUCGGGAGAUCUUUUGAAGAAAACAAUUUUUGGAAAAUAAUGUGACAACUUUCAAUCGGCUUGAAGUUUUGAAUUUCGAAUAUUUUGUAAUACACCCUAUUAAACUUAUGCAAUUUCGCUAGCCUUUUUUUAAAUAACGUGCAACAUUUUAAACACCUUUUUACAAAAAACAACAGCUAGUAUAUUACUACUACUUUAUUACAUACCACGAUAGGAACAAUUAUUCAAAUUCUUUAACUCCGUUUGAAGUAAAGGAAUACCCCUAUUCACUGUCAAACCUUUAGAAUUACCAUUUAAUUUAGAAAGUUUUGUAAAGCUAACAAAGAAAUGCUUUUAAAAGAAUGAAUGUUCGAGCUUUAGAACUGAAGAAGAGAUUGAAAGAUUCUUACUUAAAAGAAAAAUAAUAAAAAACAACCUUGUAGUGAGUAAUGUUAGUAUGUUUUUCCGCAGUGUCCUGCAUAGUGUGUCAGAUAACGACUGCUUGAAAUUUGCUGCCUCUGAGCAAUUUAUUAAAAUGCGAAAUAUAUAUAUACAAAGUGCUGUAGCCCAUAUCUAGAUAUGCAAUUGGAUGCAAGGUAUCUCGUUGUUUGUAUGUUGCCCAGAGCUAUAAUAUGUUUCAUCAUUUGCAGAUAUGUUUAGCUUUAUGAAGUCUACUAAUGUGCUGUCCGCUUCACUUUUGAGAAACGAGCGAGUUGUACCAACAUUUGAUUCUGUGCAACUAAAAUUGAAAUUUAUGCAUCGAUUCUUUAUUAGUUUGUUUUUAAAAAAAAAUAAGCAGAUAAAUUCUAGUACAGAUCCUUGAAUAUUUCGAAAGACUGGUAAUAAACCCUACUGCGAGUGUGCAAAGCAUUACGAAUCCUUGACUAAAUUGCAGGUUCGUCAGUGACUCCUCAAGUACAACAGUAAAAUUUAUUUCUCAAAUAUAGUGAUUUUUAAUGCAAUUCUAGCUUCACUCUUUUAACUCGGAUCGACACAAGAAGACAUUCCAUACAGUCUUAUCAUAAAACUCAUCCUCCGUACUUUAGGACUGUUGAACUACUGUUAACUUUAGCUGUCUUAUCUCAGUGUUAACUUUUAACUUGAAAAACGAAUCAAUUUCAAAUUGAGAUUCAUAAGUUUCUCAAUGUUUUUAACAGUAAUGCCUUGCACUGUAGAAUUAAAUUUUAAACUGUACUUUGUAGUAAAAAUUACUACAUUCUUUACGCAGUAUUUAAAAUAGUUUGUUUUUAAUACCAAAAAUACAGACUUACAACACAUUUAAAGAAAUUCAUUUUAAACUUUUUUAACUGUGAAAGCAUUAAAAGUUUUCGAAAUUUUAGUUUACUUUCAAAUUUUGGUACUUUUCUCGCUCAUUACUUUCUGCACAGUACGUACACAAUACGUACAUACAAUACGUACAUAAUGAAGUUUUUACAAUAGGAUUUGAACAUGAAUUAUAUAUAGUUCCUCGAAAAAGAAGCGUAUGUGAUGCUGACUGUAAGUUUUUACUUUUUAUUUGAAUGCACAUUUUUUUAGCAAUAUUAUCUUUCCAUUUUUGCUUUUUGUAUUUCAACGCUCUGUGGGCACUGUGAUUUCAUGUUGGCGCGUUUCAAUGCAGAUGGACGUUGCCCAGGAUGUAAACUGUGAAUUGUUGAAUAAAAAUUUCGUGUAUCUCA